AUGAAAUUUAAUUCAAAAAGGCAUUUAUCUAGCUGCUAAAAAUGGCUUAAUAAGUUAUUUUCGAACCUGAGGAUGAGCACUAUUUUGCUUAUUUAUUCAUUUUUGAUCUUUUGUUUAUCAUUUUCAUUACUGAUUGCUUGUUCAAAUAUACAAUUUAAUAUUACAGCAAAUUAAGUAAAAAAUAUCUCAGAGCAACUUUUAACACAAUAAAAUAAUAUGUAUAAAAUGAAUAUAACAUAGAGCUUUAAAUAUUUAAUCUCAAGAAAUAAUAGACAUUUUAAGCUUUAAUUUUAAUACUAUAACUACAAAGAUGGCCAAAUUAAGUUUAAUUAACAAAUGGUCCAGCACUCUUGAUAUGAAAAUAAAUCAAGAAAUUUUGCAUUGUCAAAAAUCAUAAUAAAUUGAUGAAAAAAUUUAGAGAACUUUAGUUUGCUAUUCUAAUUCAGAUAAUUUUUUGUCUAGAAAAAUAGAUCAAAAUUAAUUUUUUAAACUUAUGAAUCUUCUUUAAAUAAAUCAAUAUACAUUUGAUUUUUUUGCAGUAUCUCAUGAAUUAUAUCUGGUUUCCUUUUUAGACAAUCAUUUGACUGGAUAUUAUCCAACAAAAUUAAAAAACGAAACAUCAGAAAUAGUUUAGCAAGAAUGGUUUCUUAAUUAUACGAUUUAGCUUUAAUAAAGUAAUUAAUUUAUACCAUAUAAACUGACUCCAUUAAUCAGAAUGGACAAUUACGAUUAAAUAUUGUCAGCAUUUUCAAUAGUUCUAUUUGAUUAAUAAAAAGUUGUGAGAGGAGUAGGAUCAUUACUAAUAAAUUUUCGGAAUAUCUAAUAGUUUUUCUAUGUAAGUAACUUGAGUAUUAUCCUUGUUUAUGAUGAUGGAAUAAUUUUAUACACUAAAAGCUAUAUCAAUAAUAGUAUUACUAAAGACUUAUUCUAUAUUUAUGAUGAAUAAAAAACAGGAUUCAAUAACUCUGAUUGGAAUGAUAUUAAAUAUUCUAUUAAGAAUUCUGUUAAACCAAUUUAUAAAUAUAAUAGUUUGCUUAAAUGCUACAUGUACAUUAAAGCUUCUCAAUAGCCAAAUACUCCCUUAAUUUCAUUAAUGUAUAUUUAUAUUUAUAAUCAAAUAGUCUUACGAAUUUAACAUUCGAAAAUAAAAUAAUUUAAGUUCUUGAUGAUGAAAUUUCUAAAAUCUUAUCUUGGUAUACUUAAUCUAGUUUAUCCUUUAUUACUAUUGGAAUUUCAAUAUUAUUGAUUACCUUAAUACCAUUAAAAUUUAUUUUUAAUUCCACCAAUAUAGUUAUAGAGAAAAUGAUCCAAUAUUUGAAAGGAAAAUUUGAAUAUAAAUUAAAAGAUAAUCUCUUUAGUAGAAUUUAAUCUCAAUCACACAAUAAUUCAUUGAAAUAACUAGAAUAUUCAUAUCAUAAAUUAGAUUCUAUUUUAAAUGAAUCUUAAUUCAAAAAAUCAGAACAAUGUUUGGUUUUUGAAAAUUUUCGAUUUAUAAAAUCAUAAAAUAUCUAAUUAAACAUUUGCUUUGAAUAAUUAAAUGAUUAUAACUAAUAAUUAAACUAAAGAUAAUUUAUUCAAUUAAUCAAAAUUCCAUUUGAAGAGAGAGGAUGA